AGGUGGGUGGGCACAGGUGGGUGAUCUGCUGGGCACAGGUGGGUGAUCUGCUGGGCACAGGUGGGCGGAACUUGUGGGUGGCACUGCUGGGCACCGAUCAUCAGGGCACUGAUCAUCAGUGCCCUGAUGAUCGGUGCCGAUCCUCGCUCUGACAACUGCCGGUUCUCGGCAGUACUUUCCUCACGAUCUGACAGCUGCCGGUUCUCGGCUGCACUUUCCUCACGCUGUCAGAUCGUGAGGAAAGUACUGCCGAGAACCGGCAGUUGU